AUGAAUCCGCCUGGGCCCUUGGGGGCCCUGGAGAAGGAGGAGGAACACUCCUCCACCCCGAUUCUCGGGCCGUCCAUACACUCCGACAACCCUCAGGAGCGGAUCCAGGCCCGGCGUCUCCGCAUCGCGGCGCGCCUGGAAGCCCGGAGGCGGGAAGCGCUUGGAGAAUAUUUAGAUGGAAAGAAAGAGAGUGAGGAAGAUCAAAGCAAGAGCUACAAGCAGAAAGAAGAAAGCAGACUGCCGGAGGUAGGGCCACAGCUGGGCUGGCGUGGCGAGCAUGUUUGUAUUCGCAGACUUGAAAAGCUGGAGAACGAAGUCAAGACCAGCCAGGACAAAUUUGAUGAAAUCACCAUGAAGUGGGAGGAGGGCAAACGGAAGAGAAUUCCCCAGGACCUGUGGGACAUGCUCAACACCCAGCAGGUGCACUGCGCUGGGCUGAUAGGAGACAAGAACAAGCUUAUCAGCGAGUUACAGCAGGAGUUAAAAACAAAAGAUGACCAGUAUGUGAAGGAUUUGAAGAAGCAGUCAGAUGACAUCUGCCUGCUCCUGGAGAGGAUGGAAGAGCAAGUGAAGAAUGUGAUGAAAACCUUCCGUCAGGAGCUCAAUUCCAUUGAGAAAGCAUUUGAGGCGGAACGACGAGAACUGCUGACCAGUAAUAAGAAGAAAUGGGAGCGGGCCCUGCAGGCUCACAACGCCAAAGAGCUGGAGUAUCUUCUGAGCCGCAUCAAGAAGGUAGAGGACUAUGAGAAGCAGCUGAACAAGCAGCGGGUGUGGGACUGCGAAGAGUACAACACGAUCAAGAUCAAGUUGGAGCAGGACGUGCAGAUUCUUGAGCAACAGCUUCAGCAGAUGAAAGCAACCUACCAGCUAAACCAAGAGAAGUUGGAGUACAACUUCCAAGUGCUGAAGAAGAGAGACGAAGAGAGUGUGGUGAUCAAAUCCCAGCAGAAGAGGAAGAUCAGUCGCCUACAUGAUAUACUUAACAACCUGAGAUCAAAAUACACCAGGCAGAUCAGACAGUUUGAGGAGGAGAACCAGUCACUAACCUCCGACUACAUACGCCUUGUGACGCAGUUCAAGGAGCUACAGAAAGCCAUGAGGCAUUUUGCUCUUCUUGAUGACAAGCGGUUUCGAGAGAUUUGGCUGAUGAAUGAAGAAGAGGCAAAGGAUCUGAUAAGCAAAGCCUUUGAUGUGGACAGGAUCAUCCACACCCAGCAUCUGGGGCUCCCCUGGACCGCACCUGAUUUCUGGUUCCUGAGGAACGUGGGACCUAUAUCUCAGCAGCAGCAGAGGUCUGCUACACAGAUAUUAGAAGAAGUGCUGAUUCAAACAGAAGAGGAGGGGAUGGAGGAGGUCACCUCAGAAACAGAGUCUUACCUCGACCUGCCAAAGCAAGUUUCCAUGAAAACGACCAGAAAGAUCCUGAUGCUCCUGUGUGACGAGUCGGGUUUCCUCAUAGAGAGCAAGCUGCUGAGCCUUCUCCGUCCCCUGGAGAAGAGCGAGUGCUAUCUGCUCAAGUUGGACGCCAUCUUCUCAGCCCUUGGGAUUGAAAGUGAGGACGACUUGUACAAACUGGUGAACUUCUUCCUCAAAUACCGAGUUCAUCAUUCACCCUCCAGUCAGGUAAUUCACCCUGGCGCCUUUCUCCAGAUCAGCCCCUGGAAUCUUUCACUCCCACAGGAGCGAACAAGCCCGAUGUCAGCCCUGGACCCAGGAGAGCAGACAGACCUCGAGAGACAGAAGGAGGGAAGCCUUGUGGGAGGGGAGCCAGAAGAGAAGGAGGUCCCCCCUUCUCCCAUGCUCAUCCACCCCAACGACGUCCUCAAGAUCCUGGAGGCCUUUGUCAUGGGUCUGAGGAAGCCCAGGGACCCCCCGGCCCCAGUGAAGGUGGUGAAGUAUGUGCGAGACACCUCGAAGGACUCUGCGUAUUGGGAGGCCCUGGCCACGGUUCUCCCUUACGCCACGCAGAACCUCUGGGACGCUCUGUACACGGCCUUGGAGAAAUACCACCUCGUCCUGACGCAGAGGGCCAAGCUGCUGAUAGAAAACAACUCCCUGGAGAAGCAGAACACAGAGCUCCAGAUGCUGCUUCAGCAGUAUCUAGAUUCCAAGAUAAACUCUGAAUUGCAUGUUCCACCAACUCAGGUGUUACGGGCGCCCACCAAAUAG